CUGCAAAUUAUUAACAGAAGAAGAUAUUGUUGGACGAAAACGAGUGUGUGGAGGGAUGCAAAUGGCAAGCUUAAGAAUUAAAAUAAACUACAGAAUAGUCUUUUUACUCACAACUUGUUGUGUAUUUCUGACGUUGUUUGGAAGAGAUUUAUACUAUAGAAAAUUUGUAAUCGAACUGGACUACUCAAGAAUAUACGUUAAGGCGAAUUUUACUAACCUUAACCAACACAUUCAUGUUACGAAAUUAUUAUCGAACUUUUCAUGCAGUAAAGACCCGAUAAAGCUGUUGGUUGUUGUAAUUAGUAACGUAUCGAGUUUCCAAAGUAGAGAUACCAUUCGAAAAACGUGGGGCAAAGGCUUAAAAUCACACACCACAAAUGAUUUUCGAACUUUCUUUGCGGUAGCAAAAACAGCUGAUAAAGCAACCCAAAAAAAACUCAAUAAGGAGAUCGAGAAAUACGGAGACAUAAUACAAGGUGAUUUUUACGAGGGUUAUUAUGAACUUCCAAGAAAAACUGAACUGGUUUUCGAAUGGGCGUAUAAACACUGUGAAUUUGAUUAUUUAUUAAAGGCGGAUGAAGAUGUUUAUAUUAACUUGCUUGUCCUUUUUCAAAUCUUAAAUCAUCCAGAUACACCCAAGACUAAAUUGUACGCAGGACGUAAACAUGUCAAAGCUAAUGUGUUCAGAGAAGGAAAACUGAAAAUAACCCUUGAAGAGUAUGGGACGAAAAAUUAUCCUGAUUUUGUUAGCGGUGGGUCAGCUAUAUUUUCAAGAGAUGUUAUAGCCGGUAUAAUUCCGUAUUUUCAUAAAACUUUAUUUCGAUUGGAAGAUGUCCAUACUGGUAUGUUAAUCAUGAAUGCUGGUGUUGUGGCGAGGCACAUACCGAAUGUCAGAAUGUUCGAGAAAAAUUGUGAUUAUAAAAACACUUCUUUGGCACAUCACUCUGAAAUAUAUACAAAAAAAAGAAGCUGCGUGUUAAAGUUAUUUUAUAGUAUGCUAGCUGAAAAUGUUGAAAGCUCCUUCGUGAGGACGCAUUACAUUGACGCGAUGAACGAUUAUUAACACUCGCCAACAAUUCCUUUUAUCUUCUAUCUAAAGUUUUUAUUAACUGUUUCAUUUAUUUUUUACAGUUUUUUCUAUUUAUUUAUAGUCUUAUAGCUGUAUUUUACUUUUACUAUAAAAUCUUAAAGU